CUGACCCACAGGGUGCCCUUUAAAGGUCUGGAUGAGGCAGCGGAUGAGAAAUUAGUGGAAAGCGAUAUCUGCAACUUCAACUUCACCGGUCUUUUUGGGGUCCUUGACGUGGCACUAACAAACAAAGAUGGCGGUGGCGUUUCGAGCUUCACAGAGUUUGUUUGUAUAGUUUUAGCUUCAAAAUGACGAUUAUCCUCAGUCAAUAGUCAGAAUAUUUCCUAUAUGCAGUAUUUCUGCCGCCUAGCUCGGGGUAUUUCGGGCGUGAGGUCGUAAAAUGAGCGGAUGGGCCGGCUUUUCUGAUGAGGAACUCCGGAGGAUGCAGCAGAAAGACUUGGCGGGGCCCGCAGCGGCAGCCCGCGGUCGGAAGCCGGGUCCAGCCAACCGUAGUCGGCAGCAGUUACAGCGGGAGAGGGCCCUUCAGCUCACCGCUCAGAAAAAUGCAGGAGCCGUGUGCCCUGGCCUUGUACCGGAGCAGCAACUCACCAAGCCGCCGUCCCAGAAAGAGCCUCAGCCCGCAGCUCCGAAGGGACCUCCGGCCAUCAAAGUGGAAGUGCAGUCGAAGCUGAAUGAAAACCACCAGCCGGCUGCAGAGGAGCAGACCCCGGCUGUCAAAGAGCUGGAGAAACAAGAGGUGGAACUACGGGAAAAGACACGUCUGGAGCAUUUGCAGCAAGAGCAAAAAGUAAUCGAAGAGAGGAAUAAGCGCAAGAAAGCUCUGCUGGCAAAAACUAUUGCUGAGAAGUCCAAACAGACUCAGGCAGAGGCUGUGAAGCUGAAGAGAAUCCAGAAGGAGCUCCAGGCCCUCGAUGACAUGGUCUCCAAUGAUAUAGGCAUCCUGAGAGGAAGGAUAGAACAAGCCAGCUGGGACUACACCGCUGCCAGAAAGCGCUACGAGAAGGCCGAGGCCGAGUAUGUGAUGGCCAAGCUGGACCUGCACAAGAAGACGGAGGUGAAGGAGCAGCUGACGGAGCACCUCUGUGCCAUCAUCCAGCAGAACGAGCUGCGUAAAGCCCUCAAGCUGGAGGAGCUGAUGCAGCAGCUGCAGCUUCAGACCAGCGAGGAGGAGCUGGAGAAGCAGGAGGAGGAGGAGGAGGAGAAGAGGAGACGCUGUGCAGAGAUGCAGAGAGACGGGAAAGAGGGAAAUGGUUCAGUGCAGAAUCAGGAGGGAGCAGUGCAAUCAACCAAGGACUGUGAACCCACAGAGGAAGGGAGUGUGCAGGAGGAGAGGGGAGGUGACGUCCAGCGAGAACACAAACCGAUGAUUGAACCACCAAAGACUGAACAAGACAGUGAAACACUAGAAAAUGGUGUCCAGAGUGACACUGUGGCCUCCUGAUGCUCAUAGAGGAGAGACAAUCGUCACCUGCUCCUUAAAAUGUCUGGACACUAUCAUGUACUCUCCACUGUAGGGAUCAAUAGAAAACACUAACAAUACUUUCCAAUAAUACUGUCGGCUAGAUGAACUGUCUUUGAUUUGCAGGUAAGCUGUAUGUGUAGGGCUGGGUAUCAGAUCUUGAGUUAUUUUGGUACUGACCGAAGUGAGGGCAUCCAACCCUGUCUUCUAAAAACUGGACUUUAACAGCAGAGACCGGGGCUCACGUCCCGCAUAUCAACUGCCAUUGGGUUUAGGUGACAGGAGAUCGUGGUUUUGUUGAAUAUCGAAAGAGUCAACACGUCCCCACUUGUUUCGCCGGUGCAUUUUUCAGUAUUAAACCGAGCUGAGCAGUUUGGCCUAACCUUAACCAAGUGUCGGAGUUGCCCCAACAGAACCAUAAAACAUUAAUCGUGCUCUGGUUGCCACGUAUAGUAGCAAAACAAAUGAAAUAUGUUUUCAGUGAGCGUUUUCCAUUGAGUUUCGUUUGAACUUUUUGCCACUUUGCUCAUCUGCUCAUUUAAAAAAUAAAAAAUAAAAACUAUGUAAAAUAAGAAAAACAAACAAACCAAAAAAUCGCCCGACAGUAACGUCACCGUCAGAUGAUUCUGCGAAACCCUGAAUUACAUUCAGUGGUAACAAUUCUCACAUGCAGUGCCAACGUUUUUAAAAAAUCUUGCGCAUGGUAACGACGGCGAGGGUAAGAUAAUGGAAAGACUGUGGUUAUGGCAAAGUGUACGGUACGGUUAGGGUUAGGCCACUAAGACACUUUAAGAUGGGGCGAAAGGUUGUGGUUCUGGUUAAUAGAAAGGGGAAAGUUCAUUCUUUACUUUCCCCGUUCACUGCAUUGAGGACCCACUACAUCCUACAUUGGCACAGAGUGUAAAUCUUGAGGUACAAAUUGGUCUAAUAUGGCUGUAGUUCCUAUGGAUUCUGGGCUGUAAAAAAAACCCAAACCACAUGGCAUUACGUGUCUCUUACCAAAUUUUUUUGCUUUUGCAACUUAAUGUUGCAUAUAUACAUAAUUCUUAGUAGACGGGGUUGGUCCAUAGAACCAACGUGGCAUUCGAUGGGGCACCAAGUGUCGGGCUAUAUUCAGAAUCUUCUCGGAUCACACAUUUCCUGAUUUAAACCAAAACGAUGCCAGUUGUAGCUCAUGUGAGGCCGCCCUUAUUUAGACAACGGUCAACAUUCGAGAACUUUAAUUUCUCUUGUUGAAAAGAGAGGUUUUGUAGAAGGUUCAGAUAUCCAAAAAAAAAAAAAAAGCAUUGUUAUGGUAUCUGGACUGAAACUCAAGUACCAUUUUGGGAGUUGUAUUGCCCUCAGUGUGUCUGUACCGGCAGGACCAGUCAGAAUCAUGUUCAGCUGCAGAACAAAUCAGUAGAAUAUCUCGCAGCCAUUAUCCUCAAUCGCUCGCUUUUUAUACGUGCGCUUCCAAAGAGAGCUCUUCUUCCAAACAUGUGGUUUUACAUCACAUGUGAAUUAUCUCCGAGCAAAGGUUGAACUCAAAAGAUGACUGUUUUUGAUUGUUGUCUCUCUGUGGCACGAAUGAACGAUGGGUCCUGUUUACUUCCUGGAAGAAUGUCUGUUCCACGCAGACGGAGCUGAGCAUUAAUCCACUUCUACUCUGAACUUAAACCCUCCUGUCUUAUGUGUUGUAGAUGAACACGUUAGCUGGCGCUGGGCUUGUGUUUCACAAAGCUAACGCUCGUCGCGUCGCCGCGGCCGAGGAGCAGCGGGCCUCCCGAAUGGUAAGAUGAUAUCUGUUAAUGCACCUACGGACGCUUUCGGCCGCGUGCGUUUCUGCAGCCUUGCUCUUUACCGUCUCUCGCUGCACGUGGGACAAUGUGACGGAAAUUCUGUAGGACAAUAAUCUAACUUUAAACUCUAUAUUUGUGGGUCUGACCAAAGUCUGAUUUAUUAGUUUGAAUGUUCUGGAGUAAAUGACUGAUAUUUAGAAAAUAUUAUUUAAAUGGGGUAAAUGUUAAAAAAAAAAAAGGGGAUAUUUAGGUAUACACUACACUAUGGUAUUUUACUAAAAUAAACUUUAAAAGAGCCUGGUUUCCUCUUGUGUAUUUUGUCCCCUCUUUAUGAUUUUAGCAUUUAGAUAAUAAUAAGUUAUCUGCAGGACCAGAGCUUGUGGUCCUGGGAAGACUUUACGUGGGGGAGCACUUUGGGACGCCCAUCGCUUUUUCAAGUCGUUUUUUAAAGCGCAGUAAGUGUUUCUGUAAACUGCUUUGAGAUUUUACAGCGCUCCGGUCACAUCUGGCCAUCUGAAGGGGAGGCCGUAAAAAAGAGCUUUUUUAAUUAGUCGGGAGGUAGAAGCUCGGAGAGGGAGAGUGACCAGCGUCCCAUCUGUCCCCGCAGACACUCCAAGGUCAGCGUUUGAAGUCCUCGGGAACAGAUCCCAGCUCACAAUUUGACCAAAUUAUCCAGAUUAUACAGACAUUCACAGAAAACAAAAGUCAUUACGUCAUUUUCAUCCAGUUCCACUCGUUUCCCUCGCUGGAAUGUAACUAAUUACGUUUACUCAAUUACAAUUUUGAGUUUCUUGCACUUUCCUUAAAUAUUUUUAUUUUCUGCCACUUUAUAUUUGUACUCCGCUAUAUUUAUUUGGCAACCGUAGUUACUUUGCAAGUUAAGAUUCUUCCAAAAUAUGAUGCAUUUUGUGCACCGAUGAUUAACUAAGGUUCCGUAACCGAGUCCUAAAAAUCCAGUUUUCUUUUUAAAAACUCUGCCGUUGUGGGAAAAAUAUUCCAACUGCCUUAUUUUGUCUCACUUCAGGCAGACAAUGAAAUGCUUUUUUAAAACAAGUAGAUUUAGAUUGAAAAGUUCUUUUUUUUUUUU